AUGGCAAGAGUCACUGGAAUCAGCGACAAAGUGGCAGUCGAUGCUUUGCGGAAAACUCUCUGGUACAUGUCGAAACUCCGGCAAUGGAUAUCCCUUGAAAAACCGAGAACAAUCCAGGACGCUCUUCACAAGGAAACAUACUUCAUCACGAUGGAAGAAGAGAUGAAAGUCCUCUCCCAGAUGUAUAACCCGCACAAGACGUCCGCGAGAAGGAAAAACCCUCGUAACGACAGGUAUGUCCACCACGAGGGAGAAGAUCUCCAGGGCGAGCAUAAUUACGCUAUCAACUCCGAACAGGGAAAGACUUUCGGAAAUAACUGGCCCAGGAACCAGUUCAAGGAUAAUUCCUACUGCGAGUUCCACCAUACCAGAGGUCAUUCCACUAUGAACUGCAAGGUUCUCGGCGUAAGGCUUGCUGCGAAGCUCCUCGCCGGCGAAAUUUCGAAGGUCACAUGCAUAAAAGAACUCCUCCUGGAUUCUGAUCGCCCUCCAAAAACUGAUAAAGAGUCCCCCAAAAACGAAACCCACGAAAAUCAGUUGGGAGAGAAACGCGGAAGGAGGCAGGAUGACCGAGGAAACGACAGCAACCAUCAAAGGGUGAGCAUGAUCAUCGGGGGAUCGCAAUUCAAUCGCGAUUCGAUCUUGUUGAUCAAAGCUUAUGGACGGAAGGCUGAGAUGAGUUCAAGCUGGCUGGCUUGGUCCCCAACCAACGACGCCCCUAACGAUACGAUCGUCUUUGAAGAGAGGGAAACCAUCGAAAUCGAAAAACCUCAUUGCGACCCAUUGGUUAUCGAUCUUGUAAUCCGAGACCUGGAAGUGGGAAGGAUCCUUAUCGACACGGGAAGUACAGUCAACGUCAUCUUCCGUGAAACCCUCCAGAGAAUGAUAAUUGAACUCGGAGAAGUCGUCCCAAGACCAAAACCUCUUACCGGUUUCUCAGGUGCAACGUCAAUGACCCUCAGAUCAAUCAAACUCCCUGUGAUGGCUAAAGAGGUGACGAAAAUCGUUGACUUUGCGGUAGUCGAUAACCCGUCCAUCCACAAUGUCAUCAUGAGAACUCCUUGGAUCAAUUCCAUGAAUGCGGUACCGUCGACUUACCACCUUGGCAUUAAGUUCCCAACUCCAAACGGAACAGCGGUAAUCUGGGCAUGCCAGAAACAGUCUAGGCUCUGCUUCUUGGCCGCGCAUAAACUACGACAAACUUGGAACACCUCCGCGGUCCACCCGAAGCUGGCUAAGAAAGCUCAGAACGCUCCCGAGAGCUCCAUAAAAAGUGAUCCAGAAUCACCUGACCAAGCAACGACUCCAGACAGCGACAUAGUCCCCGAGUCCAUCGUCUUGCCACUGGACAGCCCGACUCCUGAAAUGGUCGUCGAUCCAACUGAAGCCCAACGGCAGAAGUAA